CGGCGCUGCCAAUCGCAGACAAAGGCCGCCCCAGCGAAUCAUGUGGUGCCGGGGGAGGAAGUGCGGCUUGUUUUCUUUCCUCCAGUCGCCGGGCUCCGGGCGGAGCGCGAUGCUCGGAGACCCCCGCGGGGGCGGCGGCGGCGGCGGCGGCGGCGAGCCCCGAUGAGGCCCGAGCGCCCCCGGCCCCGCUGCAGCGCCCCCGGCCCGAUGGAGGCUCCGCCGUGGGACCCUCUCCGCAACGACUCGCUGCCGCCCACGCUGACCCCGGCCGUGCCCCCCUACGUGAAGCUCGGCCUCACCAUCGUCUACACCGUGUUCUACUCGCUGCUCUUCGUGUUCAUCUACGUCCAGCUCUGGCUGGUGCUGCGCUACCGCCACAAGCGGCUUAGCUACCAGAGCGUCUUCCUCUUCCUCUGCCUCUUCUGGGCCUCCCUGCGGACGGUCCUCUUCUCCUUCUACUUCAAGGAUUUCGUGGCGGCCAAUGCGCUCAGCCCCUUCGUCUUCUGGCUGCUCUACUGCUUUCCCGUGUGCCUGCAGUUCUUCACCCUCACGCUGAUGAACUUGUAUUUCACGCAGGUGAUUUUCAAAGCCAAGUCAAAAUAUUCUCCAGAAUUACUCAAAUACCGGUUACCCCUCUACCUGGCCUCACUCUUCAUCAGCCUCGUUUUCCUGUUGGUGAACUUAACCUGUGCGGUGUUGGUGAAGACGGGAAACUGGGAGAGGAAGGUCAUUGUCUCCGUGCGUGUGGCCAUUAAUGACACUCUCUUUGUGCUGUGUGCCGUCUCGCUCUCCAUCUGUCUCUACAAAAUCUCGAAGAUGUCCUUAGCCAACAUUUACUUGGAGUCUAAGGGCUCCUCCGUGUGUCAAGUGACCGCCAUCGGAGUGACCGUCAUCCUCCUCUACGCCUCCCGGGCCUGCUACAACCUGUUCAUCCUCUCGUUUUCUCAGAGCAAGAACGUCCAUUCCUUUGAUUACGACUGGUACAAUGUAUCAGACCAGGCGGAUCUGAAAAACCAGCUGGGGGAUGCCGGAUAUGUGGUGUUUGGAGUGGUUCUUUUCGUGUGGGAGCUCUUACCCACCACCUUGGUCGUCUACUUCUUCCGAGUUAGAAACCCUACAAAGGACCUUACGAACCCUGGGAUGGUCCCCAGCCACGGAUUCAGCCCCAGAUCUUACUUCUUUGACAACCCUCGAAGAUACGAUAGUGAUGAUGACCUUGCCUGGAACAUCGCCCCUCAGGGACUUCAGGGAAGUUUUGCUCCAGACUACUAUGACUGGGGACAGCAAACAAACAGCUUCCUGGCACAGGUGGGAACUUUCCAACCAGACUCCAUGUUGGAUCCUGACAAGCCAAGCCAGGGGCAGCAUCAGUAAAAACUUUUAUGGAAGAUUCCUCAAGUGAGAGGCUUCAGAGAGACUAACUCAAUGACAGCUGAAUUUUUAAUAAGGCACUUUUCCUUAAGAAAUAGGACUUGAUUUUUAUUUGUUACAGGUUUCUAAUGGCUCCAUAGGACUAAGCAAUAAUUUAGAUUGAUAAAAACCUUAUUUUAGUACUAAAAAGUGAGCCUGGCCACCUAUUUCAGUGGGUAUAAUUUAAACUUUAAAAAAAUUCUGUACUUUUAUAAAGAUGUAUUUUAUAUAACUUAAUAAUGCUAAAAUAUAUACUAGGAUUUUUUGAGAAUGUUAUUGCAAUAUAUGUUUGUAGUUUGCACAGACUUUUAUGCAUAAUUCACUUUAAAAGCAUCCAGUACAUGGUCUGAUGGUUGUUUAAGGCUUUUGGACUAAAGUGUUCUUUAGGUCCUCACUUCUUCGGGUCAUGCAGAUCUGAAGCUUCUGAAUCAACUCGAAAUACAGUUGACAUCUCGGAAAGCCAGUUGCAACUCCAGUGUUAAAAGUUAGGAUGUAGGAGAAUGUCCAGGACUUGUGCCAGGUAAUUGGCCCCUUCCUCUGAGUUCUUUAAGGUCCAGGCAGUUGUUCCCUCAACUAAUCUCCUAAAUUUUGCCAAAAAGGUGGUAUCCUUUCAACAGGGCACUAAUGCAUACGCUUUGGUGAUGAGUCGGUGUGUUAAAAACCGAGUGGACUCACGCUAUUAAACGUGCUCUGCUCUAUGUGGAAACUUUGCCUGGUUUUUCAGCCCAGUGAAAUCUGAUAAGCGGUACCUGAGGGCCUCUGCAGGACGGCGCCAUUCCCAAAGCACCGAUGGUUCCUUACCUUCAAGGAACAAAGGAGAGGUUCUCGCAAGGGGAUGAGUAAGAAAUGCCCUUGAUCCAGAAGACUCAACAGGUUUCCUGUAAUUUCCCACCAUAUCUCGAGUAAUGCCCUUUAUUUUUAAAUAGCUCUGAGAGCAGCCUAUUAGAAACUGCAACUUUAAAAAGGGCAGUUUUCUGUAGCAGGAUUCCUGCCUCUUAGCCACGCAAAAGGGUGUGUUCCAGACGAUUGCUUAGAAGUCCUCUUCCGUUUAAAUGAGACCCCUGUCCUGAAAUACUGGUUCCCCAGCCACAGGUGCUACUCUGAAACCUCCAAGAUCUUCUAGAAGUAAAACUGCCUCUAAUGCAAAA